AUGACCGUCCGCCGAGACUCUGACAUCGAGAAGGCGCCGGCGCCGCUCGACGGCCGACAGGAGGACAAGCCGACGACGACGCUCAACGAGGAUGUUGCGGCGUACGGUCUCGAGAAGGUGCUCGCGCGGCAUGGGCGCAUCGACCUGGUCCCGAUGCCCAGCGACGACCCGAACGACCCGUACAACUGGCCGUCAUGGCGCAAGCACGUCCUACUCGUACAAGUCGCUUUUCACUCUAUGAUGGGCGCGUUCAGCGCUGCAGCCGUCAUCCCGUCUUUCGAGACUUUCGCCGAGCACUGGGGAAUCUCUAUCACCCAGGCGUCCUACUUUGUGAGCGUCCCGAUCAUCUUCCUCGGCGUCUUCCCUCUACUCUGGGCGCCCGUCUCGAACCGCAUCGGCCGUCGGCCAGUCCUGCUCCUCUCGGCCCUCCUCUCGGCGGCCUGCCACUUUGCCGGCGCCUACUGCCACAGCUACGGCGCGCUCAUGACGACGCGUGUCUUCCAGGCCAUCUUUCUCUGCCCGCCACAGAGCAUCGGCGCCACGAUGGUCGGCGAGAUGUUCUUCCUCCACGAGCGCGGCGCCAAGAUCGGCAUCUGGACCCUCCUCAACUCGCUCGGACCGCCUGUCGCCCCGCUCCUCAUGGGCCCUCUCGUCUACCACACCAACUGGCAAUGGACGUUCUACUUGAUGGCGUUGAUCAACCUUGGACAAUUUGUCCUGUACAUGUUCCUCGGCCCCGAGACGGCCGGGUUCAAGCGUCCCGUUCGAGGCGGUCCCGGCGCGCCUGCUCCUCUCGCCGAGCCGGUCCCGCACAAGACGCCGUACUGGCGCCUCCUGUUCACCUUCCACCGCGUGUCGGCCGAGCCUUGGUCACGCCUGCCGCUCGAGGUCGUUCGGCCCUUCACCAUGGCGCUCUCGCUUCCCGUCCUCCUCCCGACCCUCGCCUACGCCGUCGUCUUCAGCUACACAAACGUCCUCCUCACGGUUGAGAUCCCGGCGCUCCUCGGCCGCAAGUACGAGCUCAACGCGCAGCAAACCGGUAUCCAGUUCGUCGCAGCCGUCGUCGGAGCCAUCCUGGGCGAGAUCAUCGCCGGGCGAGGUUCCGACACGUGGAUGACGUGGCGGACGAAGCGCGCGCACGGCAACCGCGAGCCCGAGAUGCGCCUGCCGUUCUCGCUCCCGGGCUUUGUCCUCGCGCUCGUCGGCAUCCUCGUCUUUGGCAUCCAGCUGCAGAACACCAAGGCGGGCGUCUGGAACGUGACCCCCUUGAUCGGCGUCGCCAUCGCUCUAUUCGCCUCGCAACUCGUCACGACGGUCGUCUACGCCUACGUGACCGAGUCUCAGCCACCAAGCCUGCAAAGCCGCGUCCCGCCUUUCGUUGCUUUCGUCCGGCAGCUUCUCGCCUUCGUCGCGCCAUUCUACCUCGGCAUCAUGUACGAGGACCUGGGCUCGGUGAGCGCGUCGGGCAUCUUGGCGGCGCUGUCUGGCCCGUUCAGCUUCCUCCUCGUCGCCGUGACGAUGGUGUUUGGGCGCAGGUGGCGGCAGCGGGGCCGUCAGGCGUGA